AUGAGGAAGGCAACGAUGAUGGUUUGGAUCAGCCUCUUGCUGCAAGUUUCCAACUGUGCCCAGGGCCACUAUGCCCAAAAACUUCUGAAUGAUUUGAUGGAGGACUACUCUAACGCGCUGAGGCCUGUGGACGACACGGACAAAGCCCUCAACGUCUCCCUGCAGAUCACCCUGUCACAGAUCAAAGAUAUGGAUGAGAGGAACCAGGUGCUAACGACAUACCUGUGGAUCAGGCAGGUCUGGCAUGAUGCCUACCUCAAGUGGGACAAGGAGGACUACGAUGGCCUCGAGAUGAUCAACAUCCCCAGUGAAAAAGUUUGGAAGCCGGACAUCGUUCUCUACAACAAAGCGGACGAGGAGUCGUCAGGUCCUUCCAACACAAACGUCAAACUGCGUUAUAACGGACAGAUCACCUGGGACUCUCCGGCCAUCACGAAGAGCACGUGUGUGGUGGACGUCUCCUACUUCCCUUUUGACUGGCAGUCGUGCAAUCUGACCUUCGGCUCCUGGACCUACAAUGGCAACCAGGUGGACAUCAGUUUGAGCAUGGACACAGGCGACCUGUCAGACUUCGUGGAGAACGUGGAGUGGGAGUGUCACGGCAUGCCGGCGGUCAGAAACGUCAUGAUGUACGGUUGCUGCCCCGACCCUUACACCGAAAUCACCUUCACCCUGCUGCUGAAACGCCGCUCGUCUUUCUACAUCUUCAACCUGCUGCUGCCCUGCUUCCUCAUCUCCUUCCUGGCCCCGCUGGGCUUCUACCUGCCGGCCGACUCGGGCGAGAAGGUUUCCCUGGGUGUCACGGUGCUGCUGGCGCUCACUGUCUUCCAGCUGCUGGUGGCAGAGAGCAUGCCGCCUGCAGAGAGCAUGCCCUACAUAGGAAAGUACUACAUUGCCACCAUGACGAUGAUCACGGCCUCCACCUCUCUCACCAUAUUCAUCAUGAACAUUCAUUUCUGCGGUGCAGAGGCCAAACCGGUCCCUCACUGGGCCAAAGUGCUCAUCAUCGACUACAUGUCGAAGAUCUUCUUUGUGUACGAAGUGGGGGAGAACUGCACGACCCCAGAGAGCGAGAGGACCCCACUGUACCCAGAAGAACCGCUAAGCGAUAAGAGCUAUUACCAUGACGACCGUUUCCAAGAUGGCUUCCACCAUCACAACAGUGAUGCCUACAAGUACAGCAAUGGCCAUGGGGGACAUCCUCACACUAAGCACCAGCGAAGCCAGGCGAACGGCAACGCCAACGGCGGCCAUCGUCACUACGACAACCGCAGCAGCAGCGCCUCCAGGCUGGAGAGGGGCGAGGUGAAGCACGAGCCCCCGCGGCACUACCACCACAUCAGGAGGGACGACCUGGACUACCGGGCGCCUCCACCCCCCGGGAAGCUACAGCACCUGAACGAGGCGCUGAAGGAGCAGAUCCUCUUCUCCUCGGAGAAGAUUCAGAUCCCGUCGUGCCCCUGCUGCUGCCCCUGCCUCCAACACAAACAGGUGGUGAAGAACAUCCAGUACAUCGCCAACUGUUUCCGUGAGCAGAGAGCGACGUGCGUCAAGGUGGCGGAGUGGAAGAAGGUGGCGAAGGUGAUGGAUCGAUUUUUUAUGUGGAUCUUUUUCGUCAUGGUCUUCCUCAUGAGCAUCCUCAUCAUUGCCAAGGCGUCCUGACACAUUUGGCCGCCACGACUC